AUGUGUCAAGUACUCGUGUUUUUUGUGUUAUUUUGUGUCGCAUCCAGUCUUGAUCUAAAUGUAACGAUUCCACCCAACAAAGGACUUCUUACUCUGGAAUGUAUCAAGAGCUACUUCAACACGGUUGUACUGAGGUCUAUUCCUCCUCGUCAUUAUUACUACUAUCACGAAAUCCUCGCUGGAAAUAUUGAUGACUCCAUGAACGAAGAGAUUGGUUUCCGAAUAGUCGGCGGCGAAGAAAUUUCUAUCCAGGAUGCUCCUUAUCAGGUACUUUAUGGAAAAUAUUGCGGAGGCUCAAUAAUUGCUCCCAACUGGGUUCUAACUGCUGCCCAUUGUAAAACACACCAUACUCACGUCUACGCUGGCUCAACUUUCCGUGAUGACGCAAAACCUUACCUCAUCUGUAGUCAUUUCGUCCAUCCUGGCUGGAAUCGCUCUAGUCUUCACUCCCAUGAUUACGAUUAUCAAUUACUGUUGUUGGAACAGUCUAUUCCAGUUAACUCCAUGGCCAGACCAAUAGCUAUUGGAACAGUUAAUGAUAUUCGUCCGGGGAAUCUGAUAGCCGUCAGUGGGUGGGGACAUUUGGAAUAUCGAGAAAGCUCUAUGCAAAAUAUCUUACGUCGCGUUAGUGUGCCGAUAAUGUCUUCAGAUGAAUGUAGGAAUCUCCCAGAUGCUGGGUAUAAGAAUAUUACUCCCAGAAUGUUUUGUGCUGGAUACUUAGAGGGCACUAAGGACUCUUGUCAAGGUGAUUCUGGAGGUCCAGCUGUAUACAAUGGAAAACUAGUGGGUCUUGUGUCGUAUGGUGUGGGAUGUGCUGGUAAAAAUAGGCCUGGAGUCUAUACGAACAUUCCUUUAAUGAGAGAUUGGAUUAGAUCAGUGACAUAUCUUCCUUUGUAA